AGUAUAGCUCUCCUAUGUCCAGAGCUAUCGUCUGUAAACUUUAAAAAUGACAUCCUUCGUUGGAAAAAUUUUGGAACAUGCAGGUAAAGUUAGAUCUAUAUUUAAGUAAAAUAUUUCACUUCAUUUUAAAUGAAAAUAAGAUGGCAGCCGAUAAAGGCCUUAAGCACUUCAGUAAAGCUCGGGAAAAUCGGAAGAUGAAAUAUCGUGAUGCCGCUGUCAAUAUUCAUAAUCAAAAUUUAAAUUAAAUGAUUGAAAAUUGUCAAUAAUUGAAUUGACAGUCUAUAGUCUGCACUACUUCGGUAAGGCAAUGGAGACUACUUCACAAAUUUUAUGGGAAUCGCCGCAGAAGAACCCGAGUUUUUGAUUUUUGGAAGUUGAUGCUUUUUCAUUGAUGAAAGCCCCGAAAGGACUUUUUUUGUCAUAAAAUUGUUGUUUUCAUCCACAUUGACAGUAGUAGUAGUGAAGUGGACAUCUUGACCUAUAUUUCCAUCAUAUUUUUUUGUCUUUUCGGUAAAUGUUGAGAAAUCUCCCCGGGGUUUCUGUCAUCUUGGUUGACACAACCAGUUAAUUCUGUCACUAAACCUAAACUAAAUGUAUCCCUAUGCGUAUCCUGAACCCUAAAUCGAUCCCUAUGCCUAACCUGAACCUAAAUCGAUCCCUGCAACUGUAAUAAACACGCAAAGGAAGUCACGGGGAUGAUACUCAAAAUUAGCCGUCUUUUCAAAUGAGUCAAAUGUCAAAUGACCCCACUAUUAGAAAUUCAUAGGUAAUAUAAAUAUUAUAAGGCAAGGCAUAUUUCCCUACAAAAUGAUGUCAGAAGUACAAUAUAUUUAAUAUAUAUAUAUAUAUUAUUAUACAUUUACAUGUCUUUCAUAUUAAGUGUGUCUCUUUAGCGACCUGAGUGCGGCUCGAUCAUUUGGCCUCAAAUCGGUUUUGACUCCAAAAAAAUGGUUCUUUACAGGUUUUUGAAAAUAAAUUUGGUUCUCAAAAUUUAUUAAAUGUCCUGUUGCUGAUUUUUGGCUCUUUUGACUAAUGAGUUUUCCGAUCACUGGUUAAGGCGAUUAGGGCUACACUUAAAAUACCAGCAUUAUGAUAGAUUAGGGCUACACUUAAGAUCUGCUGGUGUAGCUCUGAAAUGUUGAUGUCUCACACCCUAGGAACGAUAACUUCCACUGUUUACCUUCUAUUAUGUAACAUAAACAUUAGUGUCCAUUAGGCCUACUUUAUCACUCCUCUUGUAUUGUUUCUAAAUAUAGGUCAGAUGGAACAAAAAGCUAUCCAUGAAAAAUUGGAUGUGCUCACCCGCAGUCUUAGUGAGUUGGAGGUCGAGGUUCAUCAAUUGGCAGAAAGCAAGUAUAUAAAUUUUAGAAACUCUGUUGAGGAAACGGAAAGACUUCACCAGGAAGUUCAAAGUCUGCAUUCUGAGAUCUCUUCCAUAGAGACCAGAAUAAACAAUGAGGUAAGUAGGGCAUCAGCUCACUAGUUUGUCUUGUACACUUUGUGGUCUGGUACUUGUUUCUUAUAAAAUAACAUUUUGAAAGUCUAAGAAAUGUACAUAUAUUUUAACGGUCAAUUCAGUGAGAAGUGAGGUUUUGCUUUUGUAGUGAAAACUCAUUUAUAUUUGAUUUUGGUUUGGCAAUCGUGAACUCAUCUCCUCAUUACAACACGAGGCUGAAAUUGCCUAUUUUCUACAACAUAUGAUGGGAUUGGUACAGUUAAAUUUAAAUAAUGCUCUGGAAAAUAAUAAUAUUCUACACUUGGUCCCAUAUAUUUAAGAAAAGUUUUGUUGCAUUUUCCAGUUUUUCCAUUUCAAAGUGCAGUCUAUUAAAAUGCCAGUUAUUUCUUCCUCAUCAUAGGAUCCAACUAUUACAGGGGAAGUAACUCGUAGCUAUUCAAAUUUUCAUUAGACUAAUAAUAUGUAAAGUAAUUAUUAAUAAUCUUUUCUGCUCAUAUUGUCAGUAACCUAGGCAUGAGGCCUGUUAUCAGUUGCCUAUGUAUGAGGCCUGUCAUCAGUUGCCUAUGUAUGAGGCCUGUCAUCAGUUGCCUAUGUAUGAGGUCUGUUAUCAGUUCCUUAUGUAUGAGGUCUGUUAUCAGUUUCCUAUGUAUAUGGCCUUUUAUCAGUUGCCAAUGAAUGAGGCCUGUUAUCAGUUGCAUGUGUAUGAGGCCUGUUUUCAGUUGCCUAUGCAGGAGGCCCCGGCUUGCUGUUAUAGUCCUACCUGCAGGUUAUUAUAAUUUGCUUUGUCCAGGAAUGUUUGAGACCUGAACUUUUUUGUAAAUACAACUAGCUUGACAGAAGUUGGUGUUGGUUGGCCCUACACAUCUGACAUUUGCCUCUGCGUACGUGUUGGGUUUUUAAAAAUACUGGAUUCAAGUUCCUAAACAUGAUUUCAAAAUUGUUUCAGGUCAAAGGUAAGCUCUCCUUGUCCACCGGCGAUUUCCAGAGUCUCAAUGAAGAAGUGGAAAAAAAGAAAACCAUUAUUGAAGGACUGGCCUACCUCUCUGAGAUUGGCAGCCUGCUAAAGGUAUUUUUAAAUUAGUUGACAUUGUUGGGAUUAGACUACAUAAUCUAUUUUAAGAUUAAUAAUUUUCUUGGAAGAGUUUUUAACUUAUCUGUCACAACUUGUACUAUUUAAUUAAAACUUUUCAAGACCUAGAUCAAUUUAUGAGCAUUUGUAAGAGUAGGAAACUUAUUUUAUUCAGUCUUUAGAAAAAUUCUAUGAGUUCGUGCUGUGUUACUGAGUACAAGAACCCGUCACUACUAUAAAAAGAGAAAAUAAAUUAUUUAAUUAUAAUAUUAGUUUUCGUGUAGUUUCUAAAAUUAAAGUAUGGGAAGUAAAAUAUUACUCUAGGUGUCCUGUGAUAUGUCCACAUUUGUUCACCCAGUCCGACCAGAAAGGUACCAUUAUAGUUAAUUGACUAAUAAAAAAAAUAAAAAAAUCAAAGUUGAUUUAAUUCUUCUGAUAUUUCAAUAUGUGGGCAGCUUUUUUCUUUCUUUAUCGUGUGUGUAGGUUUUGGAAAGGGGGGUGUGUGUUGAGAACUAUUGUCCUUUUACUGUUUUUAGGGUAGUUAAAAAAAAAGGAUUAUGGAGUAGAAACAAAAUCAGAAAUAAAAUACAUUUUAAAAAAAAUAAGUGCUUGGUUUUUUAUAGUUGAUAAGAAUUCAAAGCUGUGGCCCCAAUGAAUCGAUUAGCAUGAUUAAUUUUAUAUACAGAAAUAUUUUUGAAAUUUAUAAUAGAAUGCAUGCUAAAGAUUGCAAACAUCCCAUGGGUCUCAGGAUUUAAAUCCUCAAAUUCAACUGAAAUAUUAAUCUAUUCAUAUUACUUUGGGCCACAUUUAAAUAGUUUUAUGCCUAGAAUAUCUUCAAAUCUAUAUGUCAAAAUCAGGAUUGUGAUGAAGCACUGCGGAGUGGAGAGUACAGUAAGGCAGCUGCUGCAUUACUCAGACUUGAAAUGUUCCUCAAGCAGCCUCUGUGUGAUGAUGAUGACACAAUCACAGUGAUACUGUCAAUGAGGACGGAACUUAAGGUUGGUGAUUGAUCAUCAGUUAUUUGAAAGUGAGAAGACAAGGCACCAAUGAAAGAUAAGCACCAUAUCACAUUAAACUUCAUAUCUCCACCCCAUCCCCACUCUUCUUUUGUAUAACUCUUAAAUAACUCAUUAUUUUAUUGUGUAAAGUCCUACUCAAUAACUCAUUAUUUUAUUGUGUCAAACCCUACUCAAUUACUCAUUAUUUUAUUGUGUCAAACCCUACUCAAUAACUCAUUAUUUUAUUGUGUCAAACCCUACUCAAUAACUCAUUAUUUUAUUGUAUCAAACCCUAAUGAAUAACUCAUUAUUUUAUUGUCUAAAGUCCUACUCAAUAACUCAUUCUUUUAUUGUGUUAAGUCCUAUUCAAUAACUCAUUCUUUUAUUGUGUCAAACCCUACUCAAUAACUCAUUAUUUUAUUGUGUCAAACCCUAAUCAAUAACUCAUUAUUUUAUUGUGUCAAACCUUACUCAAUAACUCAUUAUUUUAUUGUGUAAAGUCCUACUCAAUAACUCAUUCUUUUAUUGUGUAAAGUCCUACUCAAUAACUCAUUAUUUUAUUGUGUCAAACCCUAAUCAAUAACUCAUUAUUUUAUUGUGUCAAACCCUACUCAAUAACUCAUUCUUUUAUUGUGUAAAGUCCUACUCAAUAACUCAUUCUUUUAUUGUGUUAAGUCCUAUUCAAUAACUUAUUAUGUUAUUGUGUCAAACCUUACUCAAUAACUCAUUAUUUUAUUGUGUCAAACCCUACUCAAUAACUCAUUAUUUUAUCAAGCCCUAUGCCCUACUCAACAACUCAUUAUUUUAUCAAGCCCUAUGCCCUACUCAACAACUCAUUAUUUUAUCAAGCCCUAUGCCCUACUCAACAACUCAUUAUUUUAUCAAGCCCUAUGCCCUACUCAACAACUCAUUAUUUUAUCAAGCCCUAUGCCCUACUCAACAACUCAUUAUUUUAUCAAGCCCUAUGCCCUACUCAACAACUCAUUAUUUUAUCAAGCCCUAUGCCCUACUCAACAACUCAUUAUUUUAUCAAGCCCUAUGCCCUACUCAACAACUCAUUAUUUUAUCAAGCCCUCCCUACUCAAUAACUCAUUAUUUUAUCAAGCCCUAUGCCCUACUCAACAACUCAUUAUUUUAUCAAGCCCUAUGCCCUACUCAACAACUCAUUAUUUUAUCAAGCCCUAUGCCCUACUCAACAACUCAUUAUUUUAUCAAGCCCUAUGCCCUACUCAACAACUCAUUAUUUUAUCAAGCCCUAUGCCCUACUCAACAACUCAUUAUUUUAUCAAGCCCUAUGCCCUACUCAACAACUCAUUAUUUUAUCAAGCCCUAUGCCCUACUCAACAACUCAUUAUUUUAUCAAGCCCUAUGCCCUACUCAAUAACUCAUUAUUUUAUCAAGCCCUAUGCCCUACUCAACAAAUCAUUAUUUUAGUGUUCAAGCUCUACACCCUACUUAACAACUCAUUAUUUUAUUGUGUUCAAGCUCUACACCCUACUUAACAAAUCAUUAUUUUAUUGUGUUCAAGCUCUACACCCUACUUAACAAAUCAUUAUUUUAUUGUGUUCAAGCUCUACACCCUACUUAACAAAUCAUUAUUUUAUUGUGUUCAAGCCUACUCAAGAACUGAAUGUUCAUUCUGUUGUUUCAAUACAGGUUCAGAAAGGUAAACUAGAAAGCAUGAUGUCUGACCUCUGGGUAGAUGCCAUCAAGUGGACUGUCAUGAAUGACCAGAAGUCUGGCCUACCACCAAGAGAGGUUUCCAUGUCAGUGAGCACGGAUGUAAACCUGAGAGAGCUGGUGGAGGGCCUGCACAGAGCCGGUCUGUUGGAACGAAGGAUGAAUGCUUUCUCUGAGCGCUUUCACAAUCAUCUCUUGCCUAUGAUUCUAGAGGCCGGUCAGCUACAAAUUGAGUUGAAGAAUAACACCGCCAACUCAACUUUAACACUUGCAACCAAGGACAGCAAGAAAAGCCCCGUCGGUGCCUCGGAAGAAAAGACCUAUGCUUCUGUUUUUUCACAUUUGCUUGAUGUCCUCACACAAUUAGACAAAAUUCUUCUGCACUUUGAUUUCGGCUGGGAGAUAGGUUCAGAUCCUAAUUCACCUGGCCACUUGUCAAAGAAAGGGACGCUGAUGUCACUUUUAGGUCAGGAUAUCGCACCAUCAUUGCUGGAUCUGCUUCAGAGAACAGUUUUGGCUAAAGCUGUGCCGACCAGUGCUAAAGAUCUUGGUGGCUUCAAUGCAGUCAUUGCAGCAACUAAGCUUUUUGAAAGUGAGCAUCUUAUUACAAUUUGAAAACCAUAUUAAUUUAUAUUAAACUUUUGUUACAUUUGGAAUUACAGGUCAUGCUCGACUUACGACUAUGCAACUUAUGACCAUUCGACAACAAUAACUAGCAAUAUUAGAUUUCAGAUUUAUAUUAAUGAGAAACAAAAUGGUGAAACAAAUGGCAUAAAAUGAACAUAGAAAAUUAUGAUUUAUAACAAUAAUAAAUGAAAUUUAUGAUAUAAAUUAACUUAAAUAAUUUUAUAACAUCACUUCACAUGACUGUACACAUAGCGUACUCAACUUACGACCAAAUUGUGUUAUGACCGGUCUGUCGGAACCGAAAGUGGUCUUAAGUCGAGCAAUACCUGUACUGUAAUAAGUGCAUUGUAGGAACUAGGUAAUAGAAUCUUGAAAAUAUAAAUUAAAGGUCUGUUUUCAAGCUUAGUAAAUGAAUGAAAUAGCAAAACGAGUUAUGUGGAAGCUAGACAUAAGAUAACAGGACAAAAAACCAGGACGUUUCGGCAUAAAGCCUUCCUCAGCCAACAGUAGAAAUGAAAAUAUAACAAAGAACAGAGCACAGUAUACAACUCAAGAAGUAUCCAUUCCUGUCGCCGGAAGUGAGGGGUGGGGGGGGCGAGGGGUGGGCACAACACCCCCAUUACAAUAGCUUGAUAUGACAUAACCUAAUUUAUUUUGGCACCUCCUAGCCACUGUGUUGUGUGCCAAUUAGCCAUGGGCUUGGCUUUUACAAACAGAUUAAUUUGAUCAUUUUUAUUUGUAGGUGCACUUAGAUCACUAGUGCACCAUGGGCUCACAUGAUUUAGAAUGUAACUUAGGUCACUAGGGCACCAUGUGCUGGCAUGAUUUAGAAUGUGACUUAGGUCACUAGUGCACCAUGGGCCGACAUGUAGAAUGUGACUUAGAUCACUAGUGCUCCAUGUGCCGACAUGUAGAAUGUGACUUAGAUCACUAGUGCUCCAUGUGCCGACAUGUAGAAUGUGACUUAGGUCACUAGUGUACCAUGUGCCGACAUGUAGAAUGUGACUUAAGUCACUAGUGCACCAUGUGCCGACAUGUAGAAUGUGACUUAGGUCACUAGUGUACCAUGGGCUGACAUGUAGAAUGUGACUGAGGUCACUAGUGCUCCAUGUGCCGACAUGUAGAAUGUGACUUAGGUCACUAGUGUACCAUGUGCCGACUUGUUUUAUUGUUCGUCCGUCAAGGAUCGACGAGGACCAUCGAGUCGUCUGGUGACUGAUGACUUGCGCGGGUGACUUUGUUUAAAGUGAAGAAGAGUGCCGACAUGUAGAAUAUGACUUAGGUCACUAGUGCACCAUGGGCCGACAUGUAGAAUGUGACUUAGGUCACUAGUGCACAAUGGGCCGACAUGUAGAAUGUGACUUAGGUCACUAGUGCACCAUGGGCUGGCAUGUAGAAUGUGACUUAGGUCACUAGUGCACCAUGGGCCGAUCUGUAGAACGUGUGGUGCUCACAGUUAAGUUAGUCCAGAUUUGGUUGAGUGGAAGUGGGGAUGAUUGGCUGAUCAUAUUUCAAGAAUUAAGAAGCACAGUUGAGAAUUAAGAAGCACAGUCGUUGAUUAUGUAAUAAAUAUUGAGAGGCUGAUGACUCAGUAAUCUUGACUAAUAAGCUAUUUUCAUCUGUGCAACUCUCCUGUGCUUAUCUGUUUGACCUGAGAGAUACCCACAUUGCAUAAUUUUACUGUAGAGGACAAAGUAUGUUCUUGUUUUUUAAAUGUCCAAGUUAUCCAUUAAAUUAUAGUAUGGCAUUUUACAAUGCUCUUGUUAGGCAACAGGAAAAUAAAGUUAUAUUUUAAAAAAUGCGAUGUAAAAAAACCCAACUCUUUCAGAGCUCUUAAGAAUAAUUUAUCAGAUUUCUUUAUCAUAAUUUGUAUGAGAUUAAAUCAUCAGUGAUUGAUUUUUUUACCUUUCUAUUGAACCAGGUGAGCUUAAGAGAUUAGGGUUUAUACCACUGGAAAAUAACACUUUAAUGAACCACGUUCAGAACAUCAACAUGCUGUUUGCCAAUAAGAAGAGCCAGAUUAUAAUCGAGGAGGCUCGUGACCUCAUGCUCUCUGACCUCCACGACACUGUGGCGGUGGCGGACGAUAAGCCCGUCGGGGAAUGGCCUCCUCUGACCCCCGGGGGCGUGAAAAAGGGCAAGGGCAGGGAUGUUGUUUCGGAGAACCAGAUCAGUGAUUACACCUUACGUAUGCCCAAGUGUCGCAUCAGGUAAAUAUUCCUGGGACACGGGUGGCUGGAAGUGACCUUCUGCAAUACUAUCUCUUUAAGAAAGACUGGUAGUAAAUUAGAAUAACAAAUUAAAACACAAUAUUGGCUUUGGGGGUAGUUACCAAAUGGAAAAGCCAAGUGUGAAAAUACACAUCUGUGCUUCAAAGUCACUAGCCAUAAAACUUAUACAAGUAGGGAGAAGGUUUAUUUAAAAUUAGAAAUAACCCACCAAACAUGGCGACAGCGGUGGGUGACUUCUCAUUAGGGGUCAUUCGCAAAUACGUCACGCUCAGAGGGGUGAGACUGGGGGAGGGGCGUAAAAAAAAUUUGUGACGUCACAUUUUAAAAAUAUUUAAAAUAAAAAAAAUCUAAAAAUUUUUCUAAUUUUAAAAAAUCCUUAUUCAAUUAAUUUUAAAAACAUUAACUCUUUCCCUCCGGAUCAACGCUCCCAUCGUCGAUUUGAAAUGAAGAUUUCGGCGUAUCGACGAUGGGAUCGUCAAUGUAUAAAAACCUGUUUAUUUCGGUUCUUUUCUUAGCUAUUGGUAUUUAGUUAUUUUAAAUCAAUUCUAGAAUGAUUUCCCUUUCAUAAAUAUCCGGUUUUACUGUGUUAGAACGAAGAACGAAUUGUUUGAAGCGGUUGUUUUGAUUGUCCAUUUUUUUUUUUUUUACAAACAUGAAAUCGUGACCUGAUCCAUAUGGUGAUCAAUCUAAUAAAGGUGGAAAAUAUUACUCUGAUGAUGAUUCAGACAGUGAUUUUAUGAUUUCAAAUGCAGAGGCUGAUUCUGUUGAAUCGUAUGAUUAUAAUCCUAGUACUAGUAUUAGUAGUACUAGUGACAAAAUAAUGAAAUUGGUAAUUCAUCAGCUGAUGAACAACCAGCCCCGCCCCCCAGCUAAAGGGCACAUCCAUAUGGAUUGUUUUUUAGGCUUACUAUUGCUAAACCCAGAUGGAAAUAUGUGACUAAUGUAUGGUAAAUUCUCCAUUUACUAUUAUAAAUGUUGGUACAUACAAGGAUACAGUGCAAUUAUUUUUUAAAUAGCAACAGAUUGUUUCCAGUGGAAUUAGUUACAUUUUUUUGCUAAUUUUUUGUGUGGCGGUGACAAUGGAUAAUGUGCUCUGAGGUUUAAUUUUUUCUUUUUUGAAAGUUGAUCUUUAUUAUUUGUGAUGCACAUAUGGAUAUAGUUGAGAAAAAAAACAUUUUUGUUCCACUUUGGAUUAUAUAGUUUUCUUCGUGUGACUUCGAAUGAGUGUUUUGUGAACAUUUGGUGAGUUUUUAAAAAUAAAUUUUUAUUUUCCUUAAUACACAAUCACAUUUAUUUAUUAAAAUUUAAACCAAAAUCUUGUUUACUUGCAAAGAGCAUGCAUUUCCCUUUAAUUCCAUACCAAUAUUAACAUUUUCUGAUUAAAAACAAAAAAGUUAUGAAGGUUUAGAGAAAACAUAGUGCGUAACAAAAACCCGAAAUAGAUAAUUCCGUCAGAACGUGGAAAAUAAUUCCGGAGGGAAAGAGUUAAUUUGAGGUCGAAAUUGCCUCAGGUAUUAUAGUAACGUGAACCUUAGUCGUGCACACCUUUUGCGCAGAUUGAAAAUUGACAGUUUUCUUAUAAUACUACAUCUUAACUGAUUUAGUACCAGAUUGAAAAAUCCGCUAUGGCCGAAUUAAAUCUAGGUCACAUUUUCUCAUUUUAGGUGUAUGUAAAAAUUCAGCUUCAGUUUUCUUAAUAAUAAACAUAUUCAAAUGAUUAAUAAACCAUUUUGUAGGUAAUUGAAUUGUCUACAAGAUAAAUGAAAACAUUGGUACAGUUAAUUUUUGUUAGGAAAUAAUUGUUUAAUUAAUAUUUACAGCAGAAAAUGAUAAAAACAUAUAUAAAUGUGCCAACUUAUGUAUAAAUUAAAAAUUUCCAAAUCAUUUAAAGCCUUUUAUUUGGUGGUUUACAAAUGGCAUUUCCAAUCAUAAAUAUAAAGCACCAAAGAACACAGAAAUGGAAUAAUAUUUACACUUCCAAUCACUUAUAUGCCUUUAGUGACCCUGCCGCUUGUUGCCACAGUAAACAAGUAGUACAAUUUUGUAACUAGCUUGGAAAUUAAGUAAAUAAAAAUAACAGCUAGUUUUUUAACACAUUUUGCUGAUAGGAUGCGGUUCGAAUAUAAACAUCCUGCCAGUAAAUUAAAAUCCCGAAGCAAAAUGGGAGUGGAAUAAUAUAGAUAUUUGACUCGCUUUACUAUGAUAGAAACAUUGGCGCUACAAGGGCUCGUGGCCAUAACGGAAGAAAGGCUGAGCCGGUCCCAAUGGCUCAUGGUGGUUAACCAGUUAAUCCAUUAAGGGCAAAUGUUAAAGAAUAAAAUAAAAUCUUAGUUUAGUUAUGAAAUUUUUUUUGUAUUUUGAUUUUUUUUAGGUGUGACGUGACACCAAGGGGGUGGGGAGGGCUAAAGAAUUUGUGACACUUUGUGACGGGGGAAGGGUGUCUAUAAAGGUCGUAAUUUGCAAAUGUUCCCUUAUGCUAAACUGACUUGACAAAACAUGCGUUCAAGUAACGCAGUUUAUAAGACUCCCAAGUAGUGCUAACCUCCACCAGGUAUGCCACCACACACUUUUUUCACAGCCCUGAUCUAUUUUAAUGUUCACUGCCUUUAACACUGCAGAUUUAUUACCUCAUAUUUGAAUAGUCUAUAUCCAUUAAUAAAAAACAAAACAUUAUGCAUCAAACGCACUUGCUGUAUUUUUAAGAAUCUCAUUGAGCGCAGUUAUCAGGAAUGUUAAUUUGCAUGCAAUUAGACUCGGCAUUGCACCAUACAUACAUACCUCUAGAGCAGGGGUCUCCAAACUACCCUCUUAUCCAACUCGUGGAGACCUUUUUGUCUACGGAAAAAAAUUACGGAAAUUUCCAUGUAUCCUGCCAAGAUCAGCCACUGCUUACGUGGACGUUAUGUUUUUACCGAAUUAAAAUAGAGGCCCGCAGUAGUGCGUUAUGUUUUCCAACCGAUCACUCCAUUGCCAAAUAUUAUUGGCUGCAUGGUUUUUCUACUUCCGUUCACAGUGAAUGAGAUAAUAUAAUGCCAUCUAGGCCUCCCUACAUAGCAUGUACGGCACUGCUACCGGAGAGGAUAUAUUCAAUGAGUUGAAAAAACCGUUUGUGAUAACUUGGACUGGACUAACCUCCAUUGCCUGACUGUUGAUAGAGGAAAGAACAUGAUUGGCAUAAAGAAAGGCUUGGUUGGACGAGUGAAGCAGAUGUGUAAAGAGAAAACAUUCUACAACCAAUGUUCCUGCACUGUAUUAUCACCAGCAAGCUUUGCAUGCUAAAUAUGUGGACAUUAGCAGUGAACUGAAUCCUGUGGUGAAGAGGGUUAAUUUAAUAAGGUCACAUGGGCUCAAGCAUAGACAGUUCGGAUCCUGUUGAAAUAUACAAACACAGAAUCGCUAGAUUUACCAUAUUAUACAACAGUAAGAUGGCUAAUUUGUGAGAAAGUUCGGAGCAGAGUAUUUAAGUUAAGAAAGGAAAUAGGUGACUUCCUGGAAAGUAAAGGCAAGCCACAGCCAUUGGUGUCUGAUAAAGAGUGGGCUUGGAAAUUGGCCUUUGCUGCAGACAUAAUUAGUCAUUUAAAUUUUCUGAAGCUAAAACUUCAAGGAGAGGAAAAUCUAGUUUCUGAUCUAUACACCCACCUAAAGGCCAUCAGAUCCAAACUCGUCUUGUUUUUGAAAAAGUACAGGCCUUCAACUUGACACACUUUCAGCAGUGGACGGUCUUCAUGGCUGAAGCAAAGGCGGAGUUCCCCACAUCAUUUGUAUGCAAGAUCAUCAAAAACCUCCAGCUGCAGUUUUAGCAGCGGUUUUCUGACUUGGAUUUAAAGGCAGAAGAAGUGAGACUGUUUCAAAACCCAUUUGAAGCAGAUGUGGCCAGUUGCUCCGAUGAACUGCAGCUGGAGGUCAUUGAGUUGCAAGAAAAUGACCUUAGGGACAAGUUCAAAGAAGUACUGGUGGGUUUUUACCAGUUCUUGCCCAAGGAAGACUUUCCUAAUGUCAAAACUUUGGCAUCAAGGUACCUUUCAAUCUGUGGUACAACAUACCUGUGUGAACAAACAUUUUCAAGAAUGAAAUACGUGAAGAACAAUUUGAGAACAACCUCAGGUCACUGUUGAUGUUAGGGACAUCAAAUCUUAAGCCAGAAACACCUGCUAUUUUGGCAUCCUGGAAACAAUUUCACCAUUCCCACUAAUACAGGUGUUCAUGUGUAGUGUAUCAAUGUGUUAUUAAAUAAUAACUGAAUGAAAUAAUAUUACAUAAAUAAUUAAAAAACAACAUCCAUGUCUUGGUUCUUUUUUAUUUGGACCUCGAGUGUGUAGUCAGCCCCCGAACUGCUGUUUGAUAAUUAAUGCGGCCCUCGGGCUGAAAAGUUUGGAGAUCCCUGCUCUAGAGAAUUAGUUGUGAUAAGAUGUUUACUGUUCAAAUCCUUCUUCAAAUAUAAUUGUAUGCUCAGGAAUAAUAGUAAUAACUAGUGUAAUGGUUAGUACAGAAGUUUAAAAAAUGGAUACAUGGCACUAUAGUUUCUCUAGCCUAUUUAGUGAGAAUGUGCCCAUGUGACUUGAAGUCAUGGGAAAGCAAUUUUUCAGUUUAGACACUACCACCUUGCAAGGAUAGUUAUUUAUUGCUGGUAAAAGUCUAGACAGAACCUGAUAAUGCAUUAUCAAAUCUGCUGUGUACAACAUGAAAUUUUUAGCGCUCUCUUAUAGCUCAAAAUGCUCAGCCCUAAAUGUACAACUCAAAAUCUAGCCCCUUUCCAGCACAACCCAAAAGGUAUAGCUCUACUGUAAAAGCCAAAAUGUAUAGCACUACCUGUACAAGCCAAAAUGUAUCGCUCUACCUUUUCAAGCCAAAAUGUAUAGCUCUACCUGUACAAGCCAAAAUGUAAAGCACUAACCGUACAAGCCAAAAUUUAUAGCACUACCUGUACAAGCCAAAAUGUAUAGCACUACCUGUACAAGCCAAAAUGUAUACCACUACCUGUACAAGCCAAAAUGUAUAGCACUACCUGUACAAUUCAAAUGUAAUUGCCCACCUUUACUUUGUUUAUUUCUGAUGACCCCCAGCCAGAGCACUGAAGCCUUGAUGAAGCUGGCCUAUGAGACGUUGAGUGAAGCAACUGGAAACCCAGAGUGUGUCCCCGAGUGUGCUGUGCAGAUGUUCUUUGCCGUGAAAAGCAUGUUUGAAAUGUUCCUGGAUGUGGUGUCCACCCACCACAUCCACAGACUGGAGACAGUGCCGCAGUUUUCUGGUAAGCCAUUCCCUGAUUUAUACUUUGAGGUUUUUUAAACAGGGAUUUGUAUUUUUAGCAAGUUCUGAAAAGUUGAGAUGAACAGUGCUGGUGUGAACACUGUGCUGGUGUGAACACUGUGCUGGUGUGAACACUGUGCUGGUGUGAACACUGUGCUGGUGUGAACACUGUGCUGGUGUGAACACUGUGCUGGUGUGAACACUGUGCUGGUGUGAACACUGUGCUGGUGUGAACACUGUGCUGGUGUGAACACUGUGCUGGUGUGAACACUGUGCUGGUGUGAACACUGUGCUGGUGUGAACACUGUGCUGGUGAGAACACUGUGCUGGUGAGAACACUGUGCUGGUGUGAACACUGUGCUGGUGAGAACACUGUGCUGGUGAGAACACUGUGCUGGUGUGAACACUGUGCUGGUGAGAACACUGUGCUGGUGAGAACACUGUGCUGGUGAGAACACUGUGCUGGUGUGAACACUGUGCUGGUGUGAACACUGUGCUGGUGUUCACUCGUUAUCUAACCCAGGCUGUUGAGUAGAGAUGGGGCAAUGUUGUUGAAUUCUCUUUGCCGAUUUGAAGUGCAGUGCAACAAAAUUUAACCCCGGGUGCCGACUAAUGACACAGCUAAUAUCUACUGACCGUUAUUUUACAGCCGUCCACUUGAACAACUGUAUGUACAUAGCCCACCACCUGGAGACCAUGGGUCACCAGUUUGCACCAAAACUACCAGGCACCUUUACAUCCACCUUCUUAGACCUGGUCGACCAGUUGAGGUCCAGUGGAGUGGAAAUAUUUAGGAGCCAGGUCAUCAGGCAAGAGAAGCUGCUGCUGGAAUAUUUAAAUGGUGCAGAUGGUAAGGCAUUUAUUAUAAACUGUUUAGGUGUCUGCAGUUUUGUUGUUGAGAUCAACUGCCUUUAUGUGUCUACAGUUUUGUUGUUGAGAUCAACUCCCUUUAUGUGUCUACAGAUUUGUUGUUGAGAUCAACUGCCUUUAUGUGUCUACAGUUUUGUGGUUGAGAUCAACUGCCUUUAUGUGUCUACAGUUUUGUUGUUGAGAUCAACUGCCUUUAUGUGUCUACAGAUUUGUUGUUGAGAUCAACUGCCUUUAUGUGUCUACAGUUUUGUGGUUGAGAUCAACUGCUUUUAUGUGUCUACAGAUUUGUGGUUGAGAUCAACUCCCUUUAUGUGUCUACAGUUUUGUGGUUGAGAUCAACUGCCUUUAUGUGUCUACAGAUUUGUUGUUGAGAUCAACUGCCUUUAUGUUUCUACAGUUUUGUUGUUGAGAUCAACUCCCUUUGUGUGUCUACAGAUUUGUUGUUGAGAUCAACUGCCUUUAUGUGUCUACAGUUUUGUGGUUGAGAUCAACUGCCUUUAUGUGUCUACAGUUUUGUUGUUGAGAUCAACUCCCUUUAUGUGUCUACAGAUUUGUUGUUGAGAUCAACUGCCUUUAUGUGUCUACAGUUUUGUGGUUGAGAUCAACUGCCUUUAUGUGUCUACAGAUUUGUUGUUGAGAUCAACUGCCUUUAUGUGUCUACAGUUUUGUUGUUGAGAUCAACUGCCUUUAUGUGUCUACAGUUUUGUGGUUGAGAUCAACUGCCUUUAUGUGUCUACAGAUUUGUUGUUGAGAUCAACUGCCUUUAUGUGUCUACAGUUUUGCGGUUGAGAUCAACUGCCUUUAUGUGUCUACAGUUUUGUUGUUGAGAUCAACUGCCUUUAUGUGUCUACAGAUUUGUUGUUGAGAUCAACUGCCUUUAUGUGUCUACAGUUUUGUAUUUGAGAUCAACUGCCUUUAUGUGUCUACAGUUUUGUGGUUGAGAUCAACUGCCUUUAUGUGUCUACAGAUUUGUUGUUGAGAUCAACUGCCUUUUGUAAGAAAAUUAAUCAGGCAAAAUUUAUAGUUUCUGCGUUAGGAAAUCUUUAGUCUUGAAAUUAACACAGCUUCUUGUCUGGGAAUAACAAGGGCAAUAACUUUACAUGUCCACAGAUUGGGUUUAAUCACCAUUCUUGGGAAACAUAACCCGGUUACAUUUGACCACUAAAAGAUUUUGGAUGUGCCAGCAGAAAUUGACCUGGUCAUUCAUAAUGUUCUUCUGAUAAUUCAUGCCUCAUUGGUAAUUUACCCUAUUUAAAAAUCUCUGAGGGUCUUGUUUGAUAAUGGAUAGAUAAGAUAAUACUAGACAGAUACCCUUCAAAAAUGAUGUGUGUAAAAGUUGUUAAAGUUUUUAGAAUUUGAAAGGGUCGCAACUGAUUAUGGUAGUUGCAGAAAUAUAUACAUGGGAAUUACAUUAUUUAAAUCAUUAUAAAUGUGCCCACUUGAAUUCUCUUUCAGUUAUACCUACUGAUGAACUGUUACGUCCUUAGUUAAAAUGUAUGUUUAAAAUGAACCACUUCACUAAACAUCAAUUUACUGUUUCACCCUGCAGGAUUCACCAAGCUGGAGGACAGUGACAACUGGGACAAGGCCAAGAAGUCUGUGGAUCAGGUCAUUUUCCAGCUUAAGCAUCUGCAAAAAAUUUGGAAGCCAGUUUUACCAAUCAACAUCUACAAGAAGGCUACAGGUAAUGUUGGCUAAUGAAGUUUGGGGUGGGCCACCAGUCAAGGAAAGGGUAGACCAGUUGUCUCAUGUCUGUUGCAUGAAAUUAUUUUAUUUCUAAAAUGGAUUAAGUUUCCAUUCUUGUCCAUCUUGAUGACUUGAUGUCAUUUACUGAAUGAUGCACUGAAAUUUCUUUUUUUUUCUUACCACUGUUACCCUGGUAACAUGGGUAAAAACUUCUACUGUAUAUCACCGCAUAUAAUGUGAUCUAUUUAAAAAGUGAAACCUAAGUUUUUGUUUGGAAAAAGUCCCGCAAAUGCCUUGUUCGUGUAUAAUGCAGACCUGUUAUCACUAAGAUUUGGCCGUAGUAAUUAGGAUUUGAAGCCUAAGAGUAAGGCACUACAACGAGCUUAAAAAAAACUACGGUUUCUGAAGUCUUUUUAUGUUAAAUAAACAACAUAAAUUUGUAUUUAGAAAAAGAUUUGGAAAAAUCGGGGUGGUUCCGAAAGAAGUUACAGUAUUUUAUGUGGUCACACCGUAAGCAAACGAAUAAGAACAACAGCGCUUGGCCUUUGCCAUUUUGAUAUCUCAAGAAUCCUUUUCUUUUAGAGGAAGCAUUAAUGGUUUAUACUUAAUAAUAAUACCACAUUUCAUUUACCCACUGCUGCAGUUUCAUGUUUGUUGUAAGAUCAUAUAGAUGUUUACUCAGUGGUUCAGCCAGGGCUAGUGCUAGAAUGAUAAGCAUAUGCUAGUACAGUGGUUCUUAACCUUUUUGGAGGUACCGACCCCACCAGUUUGAUAUGCGCAUUCACCUAGCCCUUCUUUAUUGGAAAAAUAAUUUUUUUUUUUUUUUCUGAUUUUUGUUUGGACCUCUGCCGAACCCCUUAGACAGACUCGCCGAACCCCUUAGACAGACUCACCGAACCCCUGGGGUUUGAUCGAACCCAGGUUAAGAACCACUGUGCUAGUAGGAUUUUGCGCCCUGCCCCCCCCCCCCGCCGUUCCGCUGCCACAAACAAUAAAACUCAGCAGUUUGCCAAAAAUGCCACCCCUACCUGAAAAAAAAGGGAAAAAGAGUGGAGCGCCCCCCUCCACACCCCAGUUCUAUACAGUCAUUUUUGUUUAAAUUGUCUCUGGGGUGGUGCAAAUUUUUUCAAUGCCGCGUGAAAAAUAAAACAGGAAACUGAUGACAAUCAAAGUAGUGACAAAAAAUGAAGGAGAAGAACUCUCCCGUUGUUAAGAUAAGACAAGAUUCUUGUAUUGAUCCAAUGAUAAGGAAAGACUUGUUUGAUUCCAUUGUAUUUGUCCAUAUUCAAUUUCAGAACAUAAAUAAACAUAUACUUUAACCAAGACAUCCUUUUACAAUGAGACAAUUUAAGACAUCAAAAGUAUCUCUCUAACGUAAAAAUCAGCCAUCUUAUACCAUAAAACUUAACGCUCUUAGUGACAAUGAUAAAAAGUGUUGUACUGCAAUAAAGCUUUAAAAUAGAUUAAUAAGACACGAACAAAUUGUGUCAAUAGAACAAUAUGAGUUAGCUUUAAUAAUAAUUAUACAUUAUACACAAUUAAACGUUUCGGCACAUGCCUUCAUCAGUACAAACAAAGUAAAGGCUUUCUACUUCUCUUGACUUUGUUUUUGUCUGGUUUUAGCGCCCUCCCCUAUAUUUUUUCUGUUUUAGGUAGGAUAUGUAUAUUGAUAUUAUGUAAAUUUAAUUUAUACUUAUUUAAAUGUGUUUUGUUUGUUUAUUAUUAAAGCUAACUCAUAUUGUUCUAUUGACACAAUUUGUUCGUGUCUUAUUAAUCUCUCUUAGUGACAAAGACUUAAUUCGUGAUCAUAUAGAUUUGGUAACUGCUGGGGGAGCGUGGUGAUAAAUUCUGACUUUUAGGGAAUAAUUUUAUUGAACUUUCAACUUUUGCACAUAGCUUAUCAAUUAACUCUUGUUCGCAUACUGCCUUCAAAACUAUGCCUGAAACUCUGAGAAAAUGCGGGCCUGUCUAUUUGUGUGGGCCUUUAGUCUUACAUAACACGUGACUGUGAAUGGUUGUCCCUGACAAGAGAGCAUACAGUAUUAUUUAAUAGAAAAAAUAUUUGUAUUUUAUUAACUUUCUAUCUACUGCGUAUGAAAUAACCAGAUUAUCUUUCAAUAACACUUAGUGUUUUAUUACCAGCAUAUAAUUGUAGAUUAUAAUUUAUAUACUUAGUUUAUUACCAGCAUUUAAUUGUAGAUUAUAAUUUAUACACUUAGUGCUUUAUUACCAACAUGUAAAUGUAGAUUAUAAUUUACAUACUUCGUACUUGAUUUCAUGCAUGUGAAUGUAGAUAGUGCUUUAUUACCAGCAUGUAAAUGUAGAUUAUAAUGUACAUACUUAGUGCUUUAUUACAUGCUUGUAAAUGUAGAUUAUAAUUGAUGCUGGUUUGAAACAUUACUAGAGCAUGGUCCGGUAGUUUGUGUGUGGGCUGGAUUGUAAUCUUCAUGUUAUAUUGUUACCUUACUCUGUAGGUUUAUAGUUCAUAUAGUUUUUCCUUUAAUAACACAGCUAAACACAAUUCUUCCUUGAAUAUCCACUUCAAAUAUAGAUUUCUAAGUUUGAUCAGGCCUGCACUCUGCAUGGUUUCUUGAUAGCGCUGGACCUGUAGGCUAUAGCUAGUCCUGGCUAGUUUUAACUAUAGAUUUCCAAGUUGGAUGACGCCUGCACUCUCCAUGUUUCCUUGAUGCUGGUCCUGGCUAGCUUCAAUGUGGAUGAGGCCUGCACUCUCCAUGUUUCCUUGAUGCUGGUCCUGGAUGAGGCCUGCACUCUCCAUGUUUCCUUGAUGCUGGUCCUGGCUAGCUUCAACGUGGAUGAGGCCUGCACUCUCCAUGUUUCCUUGAUGCUGGUCCUGGAUGAGGCCUGCACUCUCCAUGUUUCCUUGAUGCUAGUCCUUGCUAGCUUCAACGUGGAUGAUGCCUGCACUCUCCAUGAAAGGAACUACGAUCACCUUGCUAGCUUCAACGUGGAUGAGGCCUGCACUCUCCAUGUUUCCUUGAUGCUAGUCCUUGCUAGCUUCAACGUGGAUGAGGCCUGCACUCUCCAUGUUUCCUUGAUGCUGGUCCUUGCUAGAUUCAACACUGAACAUUUUGUUUUCCUUUUAAAUUCAUUGAUAGAUUUUUUAAAUGAUUCAUUGUGUCAGUGGUAGCCACCAUCUCUGAGUUUGAAUUCAGAGUUUUCCUUCUCUUAGACGAGUUGCCAUCCAAGUUUAACGGGUCCCAUCCACCCGGGGUGCUGGUGUUUGUGCUUGACUUGACUUAGGUGGGGAUUGACCUUUAGAGCAUGAGGUUGAGAUUGGCUCAGUUUAGAUUGUUUUAAAAUAUACUUUUAGUGUCUUAUAUUAUUUAAAAUAUACUUUUAGUGUCUUAUAUUAUUUAUUAUACUGUGUGUGAAUAUUUGAGAGAUGUGCAAUGCCCUCUACAAAACAAGAGCACUGAUCAAGACAAUGGCAGAACAAUAACAAACUCCUCUAGUUUCCUCUAUUGAAAUCCAGACCAGUAAAUGCUAUUGAGAGAGCACUGAGCUUGACCCACAUUGACCACAACAAGCUCAACCUUGCCUAAUACCCAACCAAGUCUGUGCAGUCAGUGCCUUUUGAGUUUGCCUUUGUGCAGUCAGUGCCUUUUGAGUUUGCCUUUGUGCAGUCAGUGCCUUUUGAGUUUGCCUUUGUGCAGUCAGUGCCUUUUGAACUUACCUUUGUGCAGUCAGUGCCUUUUGAGCUUGCCUUUGACCAUUUCUCAUCCUUAAAGAAAUCAAACUGAGGACUUAAUCGCGGAUAUAAAUUUGUGUAAACAUUUGUAUUAAAAUAACUUUUAUUGUUAAUGCAUUUGGUUUUUCCAAUAAUAGUAAUAUAAGGAGUGGUGGGGAUUUUCUGACACAUCCAUCCAUCCCUGUGGUGCUACAGCCCAUGUAGGGCUUUGGUCUGCCUCACCACUUCCUUUCACUCAGACCUGUGGCACUAUAGCACAUGAAGAUCUUUGGCCUGCCUCACCACUUCCUUUCACUCAGACCUGUAGCACUACAGCCCAUGUAGUAGGGCUUUGGCCUGCCUCACCACUUCCUUUCACUCAGACCUGUGGCACUACAGCCCAUGUAGGGCUUUGGCCUGCCUAUGAAGGGCUUUGGCCUGCCUCACCACUUCCUUGCACUCAUACCAUCCAUCUACCCAUCCCUGUGUUGCUACAGCUCAUGAAGGGCUUUGGUCUGCCUCACUACUUCCUUCCACUCAGACCUAAGUGGUGCUUUUCUUUUCCAUGCUUGGAUUCCCAGUUGCUGAUUUGUUCCAUAUCAUCGAUCCAUCUAAGCCUAGGUCUGCCUUUGAGCCGUUAUCCUCUGUGGCUUUGGUGAUGCACUCUCUUGACUCCUCUGUCAUUUAGCAUUCUCUCUAAGUGUCCUGCCCAGCGUAGCCUACCACUAGCGUGGCAUCCUGACUGUGGCUUUGGUGAUGCACUCUCUUGACUCCUCUGUCAUGUAGCAUUCUCUCUAAGUGUCCUGCCCAGCGUAGCCUACCACUAGGGUGGCAUCCUGACUGUGGCUUUGGUGAUGCACUCUCUUGACUCCUCUGUCAUGUAGCAUUCUCUCCAAGUGUCCUGCCCAGCGUAGCCGACCACUAGCGUGGCAUCCUGACUGUGGCUUUGGUGAUGCACUCUCUUGACUCCUCUGUCAUGUAGCAUUCUCUCUAAGUGUCCUGCCCAGCGUAGCCGACCACUAGCGUGGCAUCCUGACAUAGACUUCAGUUCAUCUUUGUUUCAUAUUCUCCAUCCAUAGUCAUUCUUUGUUGGCCCAUAUAUUUUCUGGAGACCUGUUCUCUCCCAUGUGUUUAAUAGGUUUUCUGCUGUUUUUGUUAGGGUCCAAGUUUCUCUUACGUAUGUUACAACUGGUCUGGUUACCAUUUGAUUUAUAAUUUUAUGGUUUUUUUUUACUUUUGAGUAUUUUGGGACUGCUCAAGUAUUCCUUGUUUCUGGCAGAUAUUUUUUAGAUAUUUCUGUUUGUAAUUUACAACUUUCAGUUAUUAAGGAGCCAAGGUUUGAAUUGAUUAUAUUUGUUAAAAUAGUGGUUUCUAAUUCUAAUGGUUUCAUCCGUCUGUUCUUCUCUUAGUCAUAGAUUUUACUUUUUGGUUGUUAACUUCCGCCCUUGCUUACACGCCCUUGCUUACAUUGAUGCGUCUUCUAAUUCAAUAAAAGCUUUUGAUACAUCUUUACUACUUUUCCCUAGCAGUGCUAUGUCAUCAGCAUACUCAAGAUACUGAAGGGGUUGGUUGUAGAGACUGCCUAUUGGUUGUGGGUCUUGGGUUUCCCUCAGAAAAUAUCCAGUUAUUGUUCCUCAGGUGUCAAUAUGUAUGUUUCUUAGAACCCUUCUAAUGUUAGAUUAAAUAGCAUACAAGACAAUAAGUCUCCCAUUUUCAGGCCUCUUAUCUGAAAUUCCCUAAUAUUCACCCUGAACCUUGAUUUCGCUUUUGAGUUUUUAAUGUAAUAUGUAUCAUUCUUGCCAAGUUUGUUGGGUUGCAUGCAAACUCCUGCAGAGUCUCAUAUUGAUAUGUAUCAUUCCUCCUGCAGAGUCUCAUAUUGAUAUGUAUCAGUCCUCCUGCAGAGUCUCAUAUUGAUAUGUAUCAGUCCUCCUGCAGAGUCUCAUAUUGAUAUGUAUCAGUCCUCCUGCAGAGUCUCAUAUUGAUAUGUAUCAUUCCUCCUGCAGAGUCUCAUAUUGAUAUGUAUCAGUCCUCCUGCAGAGUCUCAUAUUGAUAUGUAUCAUUCCUCCUGCAGAGUCUCAUAAUGAUAUGUAUCAGUCCUCCUGCAGAGUCUCAUAUUGAUAUGUAUCAUUCCUCCUGCAGAGUCUCAUAUUGAUAUGUAUCAGUCCUCCUGCAGAGUCUCAUAUUGAUAUGUAUCAUUCCUCCUGCAGAGUCUCAUAAUGAUAUGUAUCAGUCUUGUCAAGUUUGUUGGGUGUACCAAACUCCUGCAGAGUCUCAUAUUGAUAUGUAUCAGUCCUCCUGCGGAGUCUCAUAUUGAUAUGUAUCAGUCCUCCUGCAGAGUCUCAUAAUGAUAUGUAUCAGUCUUGUCAAGUUUGUUGGGUGUACCAAACUCCUGCAGAGUCUCAUAUUGAUAUGUAUCAGUCCUCCGGCAGAGUCUCAUAUUGAUAUGUAUCAGUCCUCCUGCAGAGUCUCAUAAUGAUAUGUAUCAGUCUUGUCAAGUUUGUUGGGUGUACCAAACUCCUGCAGAGUCUCAUAUUGAUAUGUAUCAGUCCUCCUGCAGAGUCUCAUAUUGAUAUGUAUCAGUCCUCCUGCAGAGUCUCAUAUUGAUUUUCUUUUGAUGCUGUCAUAGUCCACAUACAGUUGAGGUCUGGCUUGGUAUCCUUUACUUGUGUCUUUUAUCUUCAUAAACAUUCCUCUGUUUCCCUCUCUCGAUAAGUCUUAUAUUUCUUUUAGUUUAGCUUUUUCCCAUCCCCUUUUUUCUUUUUACACAUUUUCAUGUCUUUCCUUGUGGUUUCAUUGUAUGUUUGUCUCAUCUUUCUGGGUUCCCUUUGUAUCAUGGUCAUUUGUGUUUUGCUCUUUUCUUCCACCGUCUCUCUGCAUUCAUUAUUAAACCAGCCUACUCUACUGUUUGCUGAAGUCCUAUUACUUUUUCUGCUGAUCUUUUCAUGGCAUUUUUUAUCCUAUCGCACUGUUCGUUUAUAUUAUUUUCCCUGUUAAUUUCCCCCUGUGAUGCUACUAGUUGUGCUUCUACUUUAUUUUGGUAAGCUUUUGCAGUUAGUGGGUCUUUGGUAAGUUUUUGGUUAUCAUAUCAUUUUUACCUUUGAUUUCGGUCUUUGUGUAUUAUGCUUAUUUUCUGCUUAAAUUUAACUCUUACAAGUAGAUUUUCUGACACAACUCUUUGCAUUUAGAUUGCACAGGUCUGAUGAUUUCGAUCUGUUUAUCUUGUUCCAUAACAUUAUUAAUAAUACAAUACAAAUUAAUGAAAUAAAAUAAAAAUGUCAGAAUCCUUUAAAUUAUUUUAAUAUUAAAAUGAACUGUGGUCAUAUUGAUAAAACUAUCCUACAUCCUUUCAAAAGAGUGCUAUUUACAUUACUGGUUUUACAUUAGUGCUGUAAUGCGCAGGAAAUUCAAGUGGGUCAAGAAGAUAAGUACAUAGGCAUUAGUAUAUUUAGUUUAUGAAAAAUUGCUUGCACGUGCAUAUUAUGCGAACUCCUACUCUGAUGGGAGAUAUUUUAAACCUAAAUUUCUCGCAAUAUAUGCUGUAAUAUACAGAAAUUAUUUUUUAAGACCUUCAUAUCCUGGGUCUGUAUAUCAUGUCUUCUCCUGACUUCCUUUUGUAAGACCUCUUUAUUCCUGUCCCAUCAUGACCAGUUUUUUCAUAUUAUAUGAUCUACACCUCAUGUCUGCCCCAUCCCAACCAGUUAUAAUUUUAUAAGACCUGCAUGUCAUGUCUGUCUGCAUCAUCAUGUCUUAUUAUAAUUUGUGUAUGUCCUUUCCCAAUAUGAGUAAUAUUAAGUUGAUUGAGGUGUAUUAUUUUAAAGCUGUCUAAAAUAAAAUCUCCCAUGCACCCCCCUUUUGCCUUCCAGGCAUGCUGAUCCAGCACGUUGUCCAGAUUGUCACAGACUCCAUCUUGUCCCUCGAGGACAUUUCUCAGGGUGCCUCCACCCAGCUGAUCUCCAUCCUCUCUACUAUAGAGACCAACUGUGGCGAGUGUCUGACCUCCCCUGGGGAGGUGGCCAGCGUUGAACUGACUAGGCACGUCAAGUCCUGGCAGAGACUCACAGAAAUUAAACUUGUUGUUGAUUCUUCCUUGUCGGCCAUCUCUGACCGCUGGGCAGAAGGCAAAGGCCCGCUGGCCGCGUCGCUCAAGGCCAUUGAACUGAAAAAUUUGAUCCGUGCCUUGUUCCAAAACACUGAUAGACGAGCAGAUGUGCUGGCUGCCAUCAAGUAAACGUAUGCAACAGAUAUCUAUUAUAAUAUAAAAAUCACUGACAUAGCAGGUUGCCAUUACAGAAUUGAGGUUACAAAAAAAAAGAAAUUCUAAUUUUAGUCACUUUUAACUUUUUAUUUAAUUGUUGGGUUUAAGUAAACAAAUAAUUGAUGUUAAUAUAUAUAUAUACCACUGUGUAUUGAGGUGUGGCAGAAUAAAUAAUGUAUACUACUGUGUAUUGAGGUGUGACAGAAUAAAUGAUAUAUGCUACUGUGUAUUGAGGUGUGACAGAAUAAAUGAUGUAUACUACUGUGUAUUGAGGUGUGACAGAAUAAAUGAUAUAUGCUACUGUGUAUUGAGGUGUGACAGAAUAAAUGAUGUAUACUACUGUGUAUUGAGGUGUGGCAGAAUAAAUAAUGUAUUCUACUGUGUAUUGAGGUGUGACAGAAUAAAUGAUGUAUACUACUGUGUAUUGAGG